AUGGAAUCGAGAGAUGGGAAAGGAAGUAGGUCGUCAUCUGGCUCACAACGUCAAAGUUCAGAAUUCUACGCUGGCGAUUCAACAAUCAACUAUAUUUGGCAGGUAUUUUGACGAAAUCACAUGUUUUUUGGUUUUUUGACACAUGUGUGUGGCUUUAUGUGGCUUACAUUUGCACGAGUAUUUCGCGCCUAAGCUAACGUGAAAAAUGAUAAGUCACGUCGUGAGUUUGUGGAUAAUUUGGCUUAGAACAGCGGUGGAAAAGUGGACAUGUGCGCGAACUCGAGUUCUCUCUCGAUCAGUGAAAUAGCAGCGUUAACUUCUAUGCGGCAAACCACCCCUUUAGUUCUUGUUCACCCAAAACUAUUUUCAAUUCUUCGCGUUUGAAAGGUAAAUCUAUAUUUUAACGGUAGUUAUAUUGUUAAUUUUUUGUUUAAGCCUGAAUAGUAUUGCUGAGUAGAAACCUCAUAUCCAGGGCUGGGUAGAUAAGAGUGAGAUCAGAGAAUGCUUCUUCACUUAAACCCCAUUUCACUAUCAUAGUUGUAUUAACAUAAUGUUAGACCAAUUUAGGGAAGCUUUAGACCAUGCCCACACUAAUGCGUUCUCAAAAGUAUGCAUUUUGGUUGUCAUUGUAAACUCAUUGAUCGAUUCGCGUCCACACAACUGUUUUAAUCCUUUUGACUGUUCACACUAACAUGUUUGAAAACAAAAGAAUUGCACAGUAUGAUGUAACUUGAACUCUAUGCAUUUGCUGCAAACACACCUACCUGUGAUAUUGGUGGUCAUCGUUUUCAUUUUGAUGUGUUUUCGAAUGUUUUUGACCAUCCACACGAAUAUGAUAUGUACAUGUGUGUCAGUGUUUAUGCAUUUUUGUUUUGAUCCACUUUCAAGAGCAUUUUCAAAUUGAUGCAUUUUCAAUGAAAACACUCAGCAUAUUAGUGUGGACAGAAGGCCUAAACUCAUAAGUGUGGACAGGGGCCUUUCAGCACUAUACGUAUACAUUUAUUAUACAUUCCUGUUUUGACUCUGUUCAUGGCUUCAACUUCUGAUUCUCUACCUGCUACACAAGUUUGAAUUAUGCAUGUUUGGAUGGUUGUAAUAAAUUAGGUCAAGAGAUCUAUGUAAACAUUUCUCCUAAAAUAACACUAGGGUUGUCUAAGUGUUGAUUGAAAUACUUCCCAGUAAAACAUUUCUUAACUUUUGCCUUCGCAAUUUUUACUCUUUCAGAUUUCAAAUUAACACUACUGUAUACAAAAAUGUAUGUGCACUGUUCUUUGAAGAAAGUUUUCCAUGCUUCUCUGAAACUUGCUUCCAUAUUCUUAAAUUAUUAGUACUCCCAGCAAGGACACAAUUUUGAUCCAGAAGCAAUGAACAAAGCAGUAGACACACAAAGAGAAGCUAGAGGGCAAUCUCAAAGGUUUGAAUAAUAUUGUACAUUUUGUAUUUCUGACUUAAGCACUAUUCACGCUUCCAACGAAGCAUGUUUAGUUAAAGCUUUGGUAAAAUGGGCGACAAAAACAUGCAACUAAACUUGAUCUCUGCCACUCUCUCGGGGAGGAGUGUGUGCUCAUUUCCUGGACAGCGGCUGGUAGUUGAGCCUAACAUUCAACUUGUUUUGCAACACUGCUGCAAAUCGAUGUUGUGCGUUUUAUCGCCCACGUUCAAAUCUGUUAACAACUUGAUUUAUUGCAAGACAGGUUUGACGUGGGUGGUAAAAUGUGCAGCAUCGCUAUUCAACUCAUUUUGCAGCAAUGUUGCAGGACAAGUUGUGUGUUUUCUUGUUGCUCGUUUUUUAGCACCUUAAAUUAAGAACUACGUGUACAGGCUUUCACAUACAUUGUAGGAUUUAAUUCACUUGUGGUUUGUUUGUGCUUAUUUGUUGUUGACAAAAAUUUGUAAACAGCUUUUAUGAAGGAAAUAAUAUUAUUUUUAAACCAUGUUUUUUAUCUAAACAGUUUUUAAAUAUGGUUCCACUUUGGUGUAAACUGACUAUUUUUGAAUCAUACAUUAAUUAUUCAUGUACACUCUAUUUUCACCCCAAAUUUGGCAUCAGUAAUUGUUUUCGAAUGCUCUUGGUUUAUGCAAAGUUUAGGAGGCAAACAGAGUGUUUUAUGUCUCGCAAGGAGGAACGUCUGCGACUCAGCGACAGAAAUUCCAUACUAAUGACGCAAAAUCCGUCCAGAAUCCGGUCAGAAGCGCUAAUUGGUUGACGGAGUUGUUUCAUUGUUCUAGCCUACUAUUGUUUACGAAUGACAGACAAAGUACAAAACGUGGCAAAGGUCAAAUGUAAACGCGAUGAAUCCCUAACAAAACAGUCCAUAUUUGUGGAAUAUAGUCUCCUCUUGAAGAAGCAUUUGAGUUUUGCUAGAGCUCAUUUGCAGAUGAACACAACACUUUUCUAAAAUUGACCAGAAGAAACAUAAAAUUGAACAAAUCUGCAUUUGGAACCCCAUGACUACUGGAUUUAUUAAGUAAACAUUGAUUUACGUCACCAGUAUGGAAUUUCUGUCGCUAAGUCGCAGACGUUCCUCCUUGUGAAAAGUCCCUCAGCGGCGAUGAGCGAGGAGAAACGUCUGCCGUUUGCAGGCUAAAAUUUUUAAUAUUAUUUUAGAAAAGUUUUGAAGUACAACUUACAUUAAAAGGCAUUUUAUCAUGUUUUGAUUUUUGUGUUGGCAGAUCAGACAUUAGACAGAUAUUUGGUCCUAUGCCAGCUGAAGUAACAAAAGUUAGAGAGGUAAACAAAUUUUUUGCCAUUAAUUAGCUUUAUGAUGCAAAAUCAUCAUUUAGAUUUUGUUUUCCUGUUGUUACUGUGACAGGGAAUACUAACAAUAGCAUUUUACGGUGAUAUUGUUACCUCUGUGUCCUGCAUCCCUGAUGCAUAAAAAUUCUCAAAAAUGUAAAUUAAUUCAUUGCAUGUAUCCCAUAGGAUGCUGAGAUCAGUUGUUUGAUAUGAAGAUUAGUUUUUGGAGAAUAUCCUGUUAAUGUUAUUUCUGUGGCAGUUAUUUUGGUUCUGGUUUAAUAAUGUAUAUUUCAUUUAGCUUUGUUAUGCUUUAAAUAGAAGGACUAUGCAUGUAUCUUAAUUUCAGUAUACUGUAAUACGGAGUCUUGGAGUCUGUCUUCAGAUUAACUGUCUGGUUACAUAAAAGCUCAAGCAUUUUCAAUGUAGGAUUCAUUGUUUUUUGAACUGGGACUCAUUGGUUCUGGACUGGAUGAUUUUUCGCAAGAUACGUAUGUAAGUCCCAGGACUCACCAUAACUGUAACAAAAUAACAGAUUUAUUUUUAUCACUUGUUGUAGGAAAAUGUUAGCAGCACAUUAAAACGGAGAAGCCAUAUCAAAAGAUGUAUCCUUGUUGCAAUGAAAAAUAGUUUUAUUUAUAACAACUGAAACAGUAGUUCAUGUACAGACUGUUUUCUGUUUCUGUAUCCCGUAAGAAGUGGUGUCUCAACCAGUUGCAAUUUUAAACCCUUUUUGGCAUAGUGUCUGGUGGAGAAACAGCUGCUUGCUGGGUAGAGUGAGUUUUUUGUUGUUUGUGUCUUGUUUGUGUUGUCAGCUGGUUUCUUCUUCCUUUGUUUGAGUAGCCUUAUUUUUACAGUUUUGAAGGUGUUUAUGUUACAGGUCAGAAUUAAAUUCAGGUUAAAAUUUUUCAGUCUAGGUUGAUUCUCAAUUUCUUCAGUCUCGUGACAAAUGAAAUUGAGGAUCAACCUAGGUUAAAAAAUUUUAACCUGGACUUAAUUUUGACCUCUAACAUGACUUUUGUAUGUCAUGGUUUUUUGUUCAUUACCUUGAACAACCAUUAUCUCUCUCUCUUUCUUGGUGAUGUAAAUUCAUCCAAUGCCUAAAAAAGUUACAUAACAAAUUGUGUGUUUGUACAUUGAUAACAUAAUAAUAAUUAUUAUACUGGUAAUUUGCAGUGAAUUUUAUAACCUCCUCAUGUUGAACAGGUAAAAGGAGCAAUUGCUUGAAAAUAUUGCAAGGCUAUGUUUUCAUUUUCCUUAAUGCCGAACCAGCUCUUCACUUAUUGGAUGAGGCUAUUGCCACCCCACGACAGCCAUUACACACAGCAUCAUCACUUUUAAGGACUGUUGGCACUCCAACACCACUGCGCCAGCAGCCCAUAUCAGCACUCAGGCACAGUGCAUGUAAGUACGCCUACACGCUGUAUUAUUCAUGUACAUGUGUGGUAAUGAUGUACAAGCUAAUUAAGAGUUAUUAUUAUUCAUUCAAAAUAUUUCCCCGAUUCUGAUUGGCUAAAAGCACACGUUUAAUUCACCAUAACCAGUUACUGAUGACCAAAUUUGGAAGAAUUUUGUGUUUAGCGAGGAAAUGACGUCAAAAAUGCAGCGUUCUUGCAGGUUAAUGCACCAUUAACCGAGAAGACCUGGGUUGAGUUAAGUUGUUUUGGUUGUGAACAUGAAAAAUGGCGGACAUUUCACUCGUUUCAAGAGUAAGAACUAGGCGAAAAAAUAGCUAAAAACGUGGAAAGAACAGCAAGAAGACAACUCGAAGGGCGACAUCUGCUGUUUGGAGAAUAUUAAAAUUAAAGAAUAUUAAAAUAUUUGCAGAGCUGAACAACCCUAAACAUGCACAAUCGAAGAUGAACUUAACAUCGGUGGAUCGAUGGAGGUAAGCAUGUUUUAGCCAUGUUUUUAAACUAUGAAUUAUUUUGAAUGAAUAAUAAAACAAUUAUUGAAUUCGGCUUUCGUAUCAUAUGAAGAAUUAUGGAGAUCUCGGAGGGUGUUAUUCGCCUCGGCCUACGGCCUCGACAGAUAACAUCCUCCUGGAUCUCCAUAAUUCUUCAUAUGAUACUCAGCCUCAUUCAUUAAUUGUUAAGUAAUUUACAUGUAUUAAUUAUCAGAUGCACACAGCAUUUUUUUAUUAUUUUCAUGAUACAGUCGGUGACAAAUUCUUUGUAUUUGUAAACCGUUUUAUUCAAAAUUAGUUUUAUAUUAUGAACCAAUGGAAUAAAUCUUGUCUUCUUGUUAAAUUUAGAUACCCCAAGUGGUACUUCUUCAAUUGCAGAAACAGAUGUUACUAAUCAGGUACAAUACUAUAAAAAUAAUACUAAACACAUUUGGAGAUGUUAUGUUCCUCAUUGAUCAUCUCAACUCUUUUACUGAACUUAAAUAAAUUUUGUUGUAAGAAAAAAAGGAAAGAAAAAGAUGUUCAUGCCAUUUGUUUGUACAUGUAUUCUGUCUCACAAGUUACUUCUAGACCUUAAGGAUUAUAUUGUUGUUGGAUGUUGUACAUGCAGGUUUACAGUUCUAAGAGUGUAUAUUCUUGUUGUAGGAGAUUUCAUUCAUUAGUGCAGGAAUUCCACACGGACCCCUGUCUUCUCGAGUACCACCAAUGUCAGCCUACUCCACACUGGUACUUUGUAGUUUUUAUUAAUAUAUUAAAUUUACUGUUUUUUUCUUUAAACUUACGACUGUCAAUAAUGAUUUUUAAAGUUUCAUAUCCUCUUCUGGUUUAAAAUCUUGUGUUUAUGUUUCUGUUUUUAGGGUAUGUUUAAAAAUUAAUAUUAAUGUCUGGUCAGUUACUCAUUGUAUUGCUUCACUUGACGAAGCAUGAAACAAGGCAUAAAGUUAUAAAUGAUUCCCGUAUUACUUAUUUGUAUAACAGGGAUCACUGUCAUUCAUGGAGGACAGUGGAUUGAGCCAACCUUUAACUCCCAGUAAGCCCAUUGCUCCAGCUGCUGAGGUAAUUAUUGUUAUCAGGGAUACAGCAGUAACUUUUAUGUGUUGUGGAUGUCUCUAAACUUUUUUACAUACCGGUAUUAUAAAAGGGUAAACUCUGAAAAAUAGGGAAGGACUAGCAAUGAAGAUGACGUCAGCAAUGAAAAUGUAAAAAAAGCAAUAGGUUCAUUGAGCAAAAUGUAGUAACAUUGCAGGUGCAGCAUACUUUUUUGUACAUUUCUUUCCUGUCACUGCAUGACUAUGACAUGAAAAUGCCUAAUUUCACGUUUUGUGGAGGAAGAAAACAAUCGACAACAAAUUUUUCUUUCUCUUUCUAAACUUGAGUGCAGUCCUCAAGAAAUCGAUUCAAGGGGAACUUGCCAACAUUUGACAUUUUCAGUGAAUUGAAAUAAACAUGACAAAGUUAAAAAAACACAAAUUCGUUUUAGAAAUGACAUUUUUGCUGAUGUCACCAUCACUGAUGCUAAAGCUCCCUAAUUUUUCACUCAACAGUUCUUCAGACUUGUGCAAUUAUAACAGAAUGGUUUUCUUAAAUGGUAACUUGACAUAAAAGAGUUGCAUACAUGCCAGAGAACUGCACUGCCUAGUUAAAGUGUAUGUGUUCUGGCUGGCACAUCAAUAUUAUGUUCCAGGUGUGAGAAAGUAUUACAUUGUGACAUUUGCAAAGAUAUAGUCCUGGCCAAAUAAACUUGUAUAAACCUGUCUAAAUUGGCUGAGGAGUUGAACUUUAAAGUGCUGUUAAAUGACCCCAGCCAGUGGUGAGAGAAGGACUAAGCAGUAAUUACCUCCCCCAAGUCUAAACUUUUGACCAAACUUAACCUUGUUAUGUUAUAAAAUUGCUGUACUUGUGCACUUAACUUGGUCUAUUUUUGUUUUGUUCACCUCAUAUAUUUUUUAGGAUUAUUCUCCUGGAAGUGCUGUAGAAUUAUCACAGCUGACAGAAAAUGUCAGCAUCGUAACAGAAAAGGAUCCUGUUAUUGCUGGUAGGUCAGGCAACUGAGGCAAUCUAUACAUUUGUAUGUAUCAGUUAGAGCCACUUGCCAUAUUAACUUGAUCUAAGAGUGAACAGAUUGAUACCUUUCUCUUUUCUCUGGUAAAAGAUGGGGCUCUCAUUUAGGUUAGGGUUCAGUUGGGGCUAUAACGGGGGUGGCGGGGUUUAUUAUACAACUGUUAGAUUGGAAGAGGAGGGGGGGCGCUUUAACAUACAGCUGUAAAAACUCGCCGUCAAAUACCAUAAAAGAGUUAGUCAUAGUGGUCCGGUCCGGUCCCCCACCUAGUUACUCGUAUUCAAAGUUUGCGUUUCUCUCAUACCUUUUCUUUUUAAGUGUGAGUUAGAGUUCAAGGCUGCAAAGUGUAUAUAUUGUAUACAUGUUUACAACUGGUCCCUGGUGAGGUAUCAGGUAUCUUGCUCAGGUUUUAUAUGACUACCUGGUUAGUCUACAAUUUACCUAUUUAAUUAACUCUAGAUUAACUUCUAGAAAAUUCUAGAUUCCAUGGCUACUAUUUCCAUUUCUUUGGUACAUUGUACUUCAAAAAUUAACCACAGCCCUGGAAGAGAACAUGAACUUCUCUUAUGUGAAGACAGAUGGCAUAAUAUUUGCAGGCCAAUUGUGCUCUAAAGAUGUCAGUUGUUCUUUGAAAGAACUGAUCAGCAUUAUUAGAAUAUCUUAAAAUUCUCAAAAUAAGCUCCGGGGCUUAUAUUUUUCAAAGGCCCUUUUUGAGGGGCUUAUUUUUGGAGGGGCUUAUGUACGGAAGGAAAUUUGCAUUUCAAAUUUGAUUGGGCUAGCUUGUAGGGGGAAGGAAAUUUCCCAUUUUUGCAUUUUCGAGGGCAACUUCCAGAAGUACAAGCCCCCCAGGGGGCUUAUAUUUGGAGAGGUGAUUUAAUGGAGGGUUUUUUUGCGUUACGAUUUUGGGGGGCUUAUAUUUGGAGGGGCUUGUACAUGGAGGGGCUUAUUUUUGCAGUUUCAUGGUAUCUUUAUAGAUAUGGCCAUUUUCUUUCUCUUGCAGCCAGUUCAAGCUUGUUUGAAGAAUUCAUGAGUGCCUUGACAUCGUUUCCUGAUACAAGGCAUAUCUUUGAUGUCAUUGCUAGAUAUGAAAAGGUGAGAGUUGUAAAAUUAACGACAUAAUGUAUACGUUAACAUAUCAAUAUACAGCUGAAAGCUAUAUACUUACAAUGAAAGAAGUUUUGAAAGUUUAUCUGCUUAUAGCUACCUUUGAGAUGGAAAAGUCAUGAAAACUUGAAUUAAAUUCUUUUAUUCAGGCAUGCAGACAGCAACUCCGUGUCCUCAAUGGUUUAAUUCGACAGUCAACACCUGGAAAAACCAAGUGAGUACACAACUUUAUAUAUGUAUACAUGUGGAAUUAAGGCUGAUAAUAUUAUUUUAAAACUGAAGAAGUAGACAGUUCCACGUACAUAUAGAGCCUAUGCUUUUGGAGAAUGUAAUGGCUUCUGAUGACUCACUUUUGCCUUUGGACGACCAGGAAAUCUUGAAUUUUGCAGAAAAGAUUAUGCUGGGAAGCUAUUUAUUUUCUUCGUGGGUUUUGCUUGCAAACACGAACAAAAACCAAACCAAAAAAGUAGCCUGGGACCAGGCUCUGCAUUGGAGAAAAGGGAAAAAUGGGGUGAGGGAGGGGGAAAGGGCAGUGGAGCCUGGAGACAUGCCUUUGAUGGUCCGCUAUCCAUGAUACCAGACUACCUGGCUCUCCAAUUUUUCUGUCUUUGUUGAAUUUUUUUCACCUUUUCCCCCACUGUGGAGACUGGUUCCAGGCUACCAAAAAAGCUGACAGUAUGAUUAUGUUACAGCUCAAAAUUAAAUUCAGGUAACUAAAAUUUUUUAACCCACAUUAGGUUGAUUCCCCAUUUUCUUUGUCUUCUAGCCCUGAUUAUUCAUGAAUUUGGGCUAGGAGACAAAGGAAAUUGAGAAUAAACCUACAUCUUUAGGUAACAUACUUGUACAGUUGUGGUUUAUGGCUAGCACUCACAGGCUUGGGGUAGUGUCCGAUUAUCUUAUUGUAUAGGAUAUUGGUUAAUGAAUGAGGUACUUUUAUUAAUGUCAUGUGAGUUUUGAUGUCUACAGUAGGCAUUAAAUAAUAUGCAUUGCAUGCAUAAGGCACAUACAGUAUUUCCUUGAUGCAAAUAAGUAGUAUAAUAAAAAUUUUUGUUCUUAAGAUUUACCAGGCAAGUUGAUAUAGUAGAUCUCAUUUCUCAAGAAAGUUACACUUGGAGACUUGUUGGCUCAUUGUACAGGUUAGUGAUAUAACUAUUGUACUGUAGUUACAGCAAGCCUCGAAGCCCAAAUUGACCCAUGCAUGCUAAUAGCGAAAUUGAAAAUGCUUGUUUGAAUGAGUCUCCUGUAUUCAGGCCGCAAAUAUGUGGAAUCAUUGCCACUGUAUUUGUGAUAUUAUACAAUGUAGAUCCAACUAUACUGAUAUGCCAUAAUAAAGUUAAUCUAUAAUUUUGUUAAAUAUAAUUAUAUAUAUAUAGCGAACUAGACUGUCAUGUCAUAAUAAUUGUAAAGCCCAUAAUCCUAUAGGAGGUUAACAUUUUCACAACUAAGUGAUAAAUUUUUUGAGCUUCUAAAUAAACUCAGGAAGCUGCUUUUCCACUAGUGUUUAGGUUAUAUUGUUCAAAUUUCUUUUUUGUGAAAUCCUAUUUUAAAACAGAUAGUACUAUGAAAAAGUUAUGCCAGAGAGAUUUCAUUUGAAUAGUAACUCUAGAGGAUUUACUCCACAGAUUUAAAAGAAAUUAUAGUGACAAAUAGUUUUGUAUUAAUUUUACAUUGAUCUUGUUCCACUCACAUUGUAAUGUUUCAAUUUAUUAUAGUGAUAGACUUCAAAAUGGAAUGUUUGAUGACGAAGCCAUGCUUACAAAUUUUGUGGUAUGUAAAGUGUUCUGAUUUAAUUUGAUAUGAAAAAAGUUAACUCAAUCUCUAACUUAAUGGAUCAACAAGGUCUGUAUCAAUAAUAGUAAUAGUGGAUUGUUGACCUGUUUUCAGUUGUGACUAAAAUGUAGCUGAUCCUGUAAUUAUGCAUUAGAAGUAAAUUCUACUAACAGUGAGAUUAUCAUUUUUUCACAAUCUAUUCAUUAUCCAGGGACGAAAUUGGAGUGAAAAGACCAUUACAAAUAAUCUGUAUGAAAGGGAAGCCUCUACCAGGCAAAACCAGGUAAACUGUGUAAUCUUGCUGGGUAUUUUGUGGGUAUUAAAUUCCAGUGCAGUUUACAUACAAUAUCAUUUCCUAAAAGAAGUGCCACCCUUGAAUAGUCACAGUGCUUUGUUGCUUUUAAGAUCAAGGUUUCAACAGUGUGUUUACAGAUAAUGUGGUAAAACUACCAGCUAACAAUAAUCGACUGGUUUGUUGUCUAGGAUGUGCACUCUUUAGAUUUUUUAUUUCAGUACUUGGUGUAGGGCUCCAAUGAUACUGGGAUGCCCAAGUACUUCUUUGAAACUUUGCCAGUUAUUAUAAAAUUUUCAGCAAAGAACUAGAAGCCAUGCUCAUGUUAUUUCAACGGCGCAAGCUCAUGAACAUGUGUCAUUCCACACUGUAUGUUUGGUUAUAAGUCUCAGGGAGACUGUUUCUUUCUUUUUGACUUGUAAAGUGUACAGUAUGUUAUUUUUAUGAUAAAUAAUCUUUUUAAGGUAUAAGUUACAAUAAUUAUAUGAACUUACAGCAAUGUAGAUUAACAAUGUAUAAAUUUUGUAUCAUGUCUAGAUUGAUUUGUCCAUGGUUGUGAUUAAAAAUCAUAAAAUGUACAUGUACAUCAACCUUUUGUUUUGUAAAAGCAUUCUUUUGCAAACUAUGUGCUUUUUUCUCAUUUUUGCCAUGUUAACUAUAUCCUCUUUAGAUUGUUAUUGACUGGCUAGAAAAGAAUGCAGAAGACUGGCUGGAAUUGUUUUUAGAGUCUGAUAAAGUGGAGUAUUUUUCUGAGUCAGUGUGUUGGUAGGUUUCUUUAUGAUUACAAUGAUAAUGAUAAUAACAAUAAUAGUAAUGAUAAUUAUGAUAGUAAUAAUAGGGCUCUGGGGUCUUAAAAGAGAAACUGUACCUGUGGUGAUCGGAGCACUUGGCCGACAGCAGGGUGUACAUGUAAUUUAAAAGGGCGUGCAAAAUACAUCAAACUUAUCUUUGCAUGGAAACAUCAAUAUUGGAGUAUUCUCUGUAAAAAGUUAAUUCCAUCAUUGAAUGUUUUAGGGAGAAUACUCUUCAUGCAUUGCAACAGGAAGGAAGCAUUGGAAUGAGAAGACCACAAGUUACAGAGAUGGUAAGUGAAGCUUCAUGGCACCUAUUUUUUUUUAUUGUAACAUGGAAGACAACUCGAGCCCGUUAAGGCUGCAAGAGACCUUGGUGUCACACUGGACUCUAACUUAACAUAUAAUGAGCAUAUUGUUUCUACUGUAUCCUCAUGCAUGUCACGUUUGGGUCAAAUUAACCGCGUUAAGCAUAUUUUUAAUAAACACGCGCUAAUUAUUAUUAUAAAUGCCUUAGUUUUUAGUAAAUUAUUCUAUUGCUCUUCUGUUUGGAGCAAUACUACUCAAACUAAUCUGGACAAGCUCCAAGCAGUACAGAAUUUCGCUUGUCGUAUUUUGAGCGGCGCUAAAAAAUUCGAUCACAUAACUCCUUUGCUAAAAGACUUGCGCUGGCUACCAAUCAGGCAACAACUUUAUUUUCGUUUUGCUGUUCUGGUUUUUAAGUGCAUGACGAGUUGUGCUCCGGAGUAUUUGACAUCAAAGCUCGUUGGAAGAUCCGCCGUCUCGACAAGGAAUACGAGAAAUUCUCAACUUUUGAACAUACCACUCUUCCGCACUGCCAGCGGCCAAAGGACCUUUCAAUAUAGAGCAACCUCUCUCUGGAAUGAGUUGCAGCCUGCGCUCAAACUUAGCCCAUCCGUGACGGAAUUCAAGUGUUUACUCAGGCAAAAGCUUCUUAAUGACUGCUUUAUUUAAUUAAUUUAAUUAAUUUUAUUGACCUUUGUCUUCUUUUAUCAUUGUUAUAUUCUUAUUGUCAUGUACUUGGUUUAUAAUUUUGUAAUGUAAAAUUGACUCUGAAAAGCCCCGUGGGGACGAGCCAAUAAAGUAUGUAUGUAUAUGUAUGUAAGACAGUGAUUUGUUAAUUGCCAGUCUUGUAACUGAGGACCAGACCACGAUUUCCCCUCAAAAAGCAUGAGCCACAGCAAAGUGCAGUGUGAAAUGUACAAGUAAUUCAGUGAAGUUAUAGUUCAUAAUAAAAAGCCCUGCAUUUUGUUAACAUAAUAUUAUUGCUGUCUACCAAUGUACAGUGUACUUGAAAGUUUAGUGGUAACCAGGGCUCAGGUUGCUCUCUUUUAUCAACAUAGGACCCUGAUGCUCCAGUAAGACAGAACAGACCUCUUGCUGAUUUAGACCAGGUAUGUGAAAAAAAAAAGAGCCACGUGUGUGUGGAAUAAAAGUAAUGGCGUGGCAAUUAGUGUUGUUUAAGAGGGUCAUCACAGUGCAUAUAAAUUAUUUUUGAUCAUCAAUAAAGUAAGACGUGUGCCACUUGAUUUGAUUAGUGGUAAGUAAUUUUUCAGAGCUUCUGAAAGGUUACACGACUGACAAUACAAUUUGGUCAAGCCCUCACAAUUCCUAAAAUCUGCACAGUGCUGCAAGUGAGUUGCACAGGCAGGUGGGUGGGCAUGCAGAUGAAUGGACAAAAGGACAGGUGGAUGGCUGGAUGGACUUUUUCCACAUUUUAUCAGAUCGAACUAGAAUUUAGUAAAGUUUGUUUUAAGGAGAGGCUAUGCUGAGUAAACCAACAACAAACUCAUUCUCCAUAUGGUUUUACCUCCAGGAGUUGAAACUGGGCUACAUUAGUGUACAAGGUUGGUACACCACUGCACCACCCUUUCUCCCUCUGCAUGACUGAGUUGUUUAUUACACCUCGACCAUUAAUGAUAAUAUUAUGAGCAAUUUCUGCAUGUAUAUAACCCUGGUCUAGCAAUAUCAAUUCAUAAAUUACAUAAAUACCAACUUGAUGCAUUUACUAAUACCUUCAUUUCAGGAAGAUGAAACCAGAUUGCUGCGACAUCUAUUCUGUUUGAUCAGGGCAGGCAAACUCGAGGAGGUAAAUAAGUGAGCCGUAAUAAUGAUGAUUGGUUGGACGGGGGAAGGGAUGGGUGUUGAGCUUUUAGCAAAGCACCUACUGUCAUAAAAUCAUGUCGGUUACAGAGAUGUGUCGAGUAAUGAAAUCAAUGUUUCAGGUUUAGCCAAAAGAUAACUUGAUUGGAGAACUUUUGUUUGUGCCCUAUGUGCUGCUAGGUGCAGAAAGGAGUGAUAGUGUUGUUGAAUUAUUUUGAAAUUUACUGGUAUUUCAAUUUUCAACUGAUGUUUUCUUUUUUUAUUGUCAUCGAGGCUCAACAUUUGUGUGAAAAAUGUGGUCAGUCCUGGAGGGCAGCAACUCUUGAAGGCUGGAAACUCUGGCAUGAUCCUAAUGUGGAGGGAGGUACAUGUUCACCAUUUUACUUCCUAACUUCUUUUCACGAAAUAAUAUUUGUAGAACACAGUUUGACACAAAAAAAAGGAAAAAAAUUGACAUACUCUUUAACAUUGUUGAUGAAAAAACAUUGCAGCUCUUAUUGUUUAACUUAUUGCAACUUGUUGAAUGUAAGGAAUAGAGCCUUUCUCUAUUCAACAACAUUCAACAUGGUACAUGUAUGAUACACUGUUCAACAUUUGUUGAACAAGCAGCAACAUUUAUCGAUCAUUUAAUGUUGAACUGUGUGUCUGUCUCAAAAUUAAACUUACAUCUGUGAUGAUCCUUGAGAGUAAAUUGCAAAACAAAUUUCCUGUUUAUCAAAAUAAAAUAAUAAUAAAAAAACAAUGGGGAAUUUCAGAAAUGCUGUACUUAACUAACCAUUACCCUGUCUCAGUCACCCUAAGUUCAAAUGUGUCAUUCCAGAAAAUAUCCAUACCCCCCACAGAGGGCACCCUCCCUGUCACCUUGCAUUGUUGAAUGUUGUACUUGUCAUACCCCACCCCCUGGAAUAUCAGUGAUUUUCUCACUUGGUUUCAUGGUAAUGAGAAGAGUGUUGUAAAGCGAGACAAAAACGGCUGCGUGGGAGGUUAGAGUACAAUGCCUUGGUAAUUUUUGGUAACAGUCAACUAACUUGCAUCCAUCCAGUUGGAUUUCUUGCUUGUUUAAAUAUUCAUUAACCUUUAAGUCCCAAUAUCCACAUAUAAUACUCCAUACUGAUCUUCAUUUCCUUAAAGAAUUACAGUAGUUGAGAGAGUUUGAUAACAGAUCAAAGCAUUUUCUCUUCAGUGAUCAUUUUAUUAACUCUCAUAACCAUUUCUCUUGGCAACAUAUGGAUAUUGUUAGGAGAAAAUUGAUGCUGGUCACUAUUGGGACUUACAUGGUUAAGAAUCUUAUUUUGUUUUACUCCUCAUGCAAUAUAAACUAAAGUGCUGUAAACCAACCAAAUCUUGACAUGUAGAAUUUUAAGCCAAUACUCAAGGUCAUUUCAAAAUGGUGCACAGUUAAUAAUGGUUCCAUUUUUUCCAGUAUCAAACAAUGAAGCUCUUGCUCCCAUGGAAGGAAACCCAUUCAGAGAUGUGUGGAAAGCAGCUUGUUGGAAAAUGUCACAAGAGGUAUGCAGUUUUGUAUUCUUCGUUUUCACAUGACAUUGCCAAAAUGCAAAAAUGAAGAAUAUUAUUGUCAAUUUUCCUGAGUUUUUACUUUCACAAAGUGUUAGAGAAGCUAAAACUUAGAUUUUUCAAAUUUUCACUUUGAAAGGGUUCUUUGUUUUGUGAUAGAUUAUGCCUGAAUGCCCUGCAUUUAUGUGGUGGCUGUGACAGCUGUCAUGUUGAUUUAAAAGUGACUUAUUUAGGGAGAUUUUGCUUUCUCAACAGUCCAACAGCAAUUUCGUACUUUUUCUCACAAAUAGUUUAGGUAAUAUGAGUAGAGUCGAAACAUUUAUGCCUAGUAAAUAUAUGGGGUUAUACGCGAAUCUUACCGAAAAGUAUUACUUUAAUGUUUAUGAGUUUCUCAAGGGAUAAAUUUACGCUUUUGUAGCAAAACUCGGCAACAGAUGUUUCUGUUUGUUUCCGGCUGCCAUAUUGGUGUCCCUCUCUAUAAAUAAUUUAUAUCUGUCGUAUGAAAAAAUAUUGCACCGUAUGGAGAAAAGGAAAAAACGAAGAUGAUGAUGAUGAUGACGAGUUCAUGUUUGUUUUAUGCCCUUUGAUGAGUACACUUACAGAGUUCACUUGUAUUAAGUCACCUGGUCUUCUUUCUCAUGAAGAAUGACUUGUUGCCUUAGGGUUAUAUGAAAGAAUUAUAUUUUCAUUCUUAUUUAUCAGACCAAGUUUAGCAUGUAUGAGAGAGCCAUUUAUGCUGCACUUAGUGGAAACCUUAGCCAGGUAUGUAGGUAUUGGAUGGUCUUGGUUAUAGUGUUGUUAAGUCUUACAUGUGCACACAUCCCAGUUUGUACAGUUUUAGAUGUCAGGAAUGCUACAAAGCUUACACUUGUCCUGUACUCUGAUGAUUAACUUUUGUACAGACACCCCAUCCCCUGAAAAAAAACAAAAAAAAAACGCAAAAAUCUAUCUUAUGGUUAUAUAGUUAAUUUUUUAUCUCAGACCUGUAAUUUUUAUUUUUCAUUUGUUUCAACUUCAUUAGCAUACAUUACCUUACCCAAAAGCAAAAGAACCAUAAAUAUUACCUGAGAUAAAAAAUUAACUGCAACAUAUAUUAUAACACACUAGAAACUUUCAAAAUUUUGUAAAAUUGAAUUGGCAGAAACAUUGCUACCGUGUUGGUAAAGGUAAAGUUAAAGGUCCUUAUAUUACAUCAGUAACUCGUGACAAACCUGAGGCUGACGAUGUGCUUAUUUUACCCCCCCCCCCCCUCUUUCUCUCCAUCAGUGCUUCGUUUUAUGGGUAUUUAAAACUACUUAAAGCUACACGGAAAUGAAAGAAGUCAAAACAGGGAUUCAGGUCACACCUGGGAAUCGGAACCACACAGAAGGCAGUGUACUACAUCUUUCUCUCCAUCAGUGCUUCGUUUUAUGGGUAUUUAAAACUACUUAAAGCUACACGGAAAUGAAAGAAGUCAAAACAGGGAUUCAGGUCACACCUGGGAAUCGGAACCACACAGAAGGCAGUGUACUACACUGACUUUGCUAAUCCUUUUUUCUACUGCUUGUUUUUGUGCAUGGGAAAGACAGUUUUAUCCUGGACAUUGUAUGAGGUGGCAAUUUAGUGCUGGUGGCAGGGGCGUAACCAGCCCAUAGACUUGUAGGCCCGGGCCUUCCAUUUUUGAUCACUCUACCGCUUGUAAUAGAUUACAUGUAUUUCAGGAUAUGUGGAAAUGAAAGUCAGCCAGGCCUACAACUAGUCGAAAAGCCAGCUACUCUCCUGGCAGGUGGUAUUCGCAGGGCUAGGGUGUGGAGGGGCAUGUUAAGGGUACCAAGAUGGAAAGAGCAUACUCUAGCGUACUCUUGAGUAAUUUUAGACAAUUAUUGGAUACACACUGACUAUGCAGGCCUUAUGUGGAUCUUUUUAUGGUUCUGCCGUACACAGGUGCAUUGUAAUUACACUUUGUAUCUCAUGCACACUGAUUCGUGUCUAAUCAGUACAAGUUGCAUAAUUAAAUUCACAUGCACGGGCAUAAUUACUAAGUCAAGCACGUUGUAUUUUUCUUUUUAGCUUCUACCAGUCUGCAGGUCAUGGGAAGAUUAUUUAUGGGCAUUUUACAGAGUUAUGGUUGAUGUUAGAGUGGAACAGGUAAGUGUUAAAAAUAAAAUAGCAACUAAAAAAAUGAUAUAAAAGAGGAAUUGAAUCAAAGAGUUCCAAAAUAGUUCCUUUAUAUUUUAGGAUCGUGUUUGUACAAGUAUGUUGUGAAUGCAUGUUGACUUUAAAGUUGUAACACUACUGUUUACCCUUUUGUGUAAUUGUUAUUGCUGUUGUUUUUUGGAAUAAUUAGCGACAAAAGUGAUCAUGUGAAUUAUUUAUUAGAUAAUCGCCAUCUUGCAAUGCGGCAAAAAAUCCGGUUUUAAUUUUAUCAUGCACCAUUUUCACAUAGACCAUAAUGCACCUUGUUUACCCCCCAGAAUUUCGCGUAACCAUUCUCCUGGGUAUCACCGUCGUCCCAAGAAAAGUCUAAGAGAAUGCUUAUACAAUUUUUUUUUAUUGUGGGGGGGGUGGGGGACAAGGUGCUUUAUGGUCUAUGUGAAAAUGGUUAAUUCAUAUUCUUUAUAUAUGCAUACAUGUAUCUUAGUGCUAGCUUUUUGCAAUGAUAAAUUCUUUUAAUUUUUAUUACGUGAUUGUAAAUAAUUUUGUACAUAGUUUUUAUCAUUUGAGAUUUCCUUAAGUGGUAUAAUAAAGUUAUCUUAUCUUAUCUUUUUUUAAAGGAAAUUCGCCUUCAUCCUAGACCUGACAGAGACUUGGCAAACUUGUCACCUAAAUUCUGGGAUCAAACGUAAGUGAAAGUAUAUAACUGGUAAAUGGUACGUAAUGGUCUAAGUACCAGAAUUGUUCAUUGACACAAAAAAUUUAUGUAUGAUAUAUGUCUCUUCAUAGGCUCAAUCCAGAGAAAAUAUUCGAAGAACUUAAGGCUUGUCCAAAAGAGGUAUGUCUACUUAACUAAAGUGUGGUUUUGGUUGGCUAGUUCGAUUAUACAUGACAGAACGACUUCACCGUGAAUAUCAUUAUCAUCGAUGAAGAUCAAAAACCUUGUAUUUUACUAAUCUUCACUAGUAUUGUCAUAAUUGAUUACCUUCAGGCCGAAAUGGUCUAUCUCAAAUUUGGGAUCAUUUUCUUUCCUUUGAUUGCACAAAAGUUGCUUCUGUGACAACAGAGGAACCAUAUACAUUGUAUAUCAAGACUUUUGUUUCUGUAUGCAUUGAGUCAGUGUUCUCCCUACAUUUUGGCUCAGAGGGUAAAGGACCAUUCACAGCGGGUAAGGAAAAAAAUUGGCGCCAGAGGUGCACUUUCCUGGGGGGGGGGGGGGGACUCUGGACUGGACUCUGGGACGUGGCCCCGCCCUUGCUUGGAAAUUUUGAGCUAAGUUCUCUGAAACGUCAUCCCCUCAUUUUAAGACCUGUGUUACGCAAAUCGGCCGACCAUGCAUUCAUUUAUUUACUUUUGACAUGUGAGAAUCGGAUCGGAUCACAACUUGUGUAAGAAGUGUUGCUUCAGGCGGUAAAUUUUACCGGUUACCGCCUGAUAAGGAUAACACUGUUAGUGCAAGGAAGUAAGCUUUUCUCCAGUUCCUCUGUUUUCCAAACGGUGCUGCGACAUCACGUUUUGGCCUUUCACUAGUAAUCAGCAACAGAAAACAGCUCUGGCCAAUGGUUUUUCUUUUUUUUUUUUUGCAAGAAUGCACGUGUAAGGUUAUGUUCAAAAUCCAAGCAAUUUCGAGGCAAUUUGAAAAACGGUCCAUGACUUGCCAUAUAUGUAGGCCUAUUCUUUACACAGGCAUUAACUAUUUGAUCACGAAUUUUUUAUGAUCCAUUAGUCCAUCAGACAGCAAGCGGAGGAAUUCCAUCAUGUCAUACAGAGACACAUCAUACUUAACGACACAAAUUGUAAGUUGUAGUAGAUGAGGACAAGCUUCAAGCCUAUUGUAGUUUGUUGACUAAGGUGAAGUGUUUCUGUAUGGUGAUAAAUGCCUUUUUCUGUUUGUUUCACUCAGCUUUAAUAGAAAAGAUGCACAGUUGGCUGGAAAAGGAAAAGAACCCAAUAACGCAAAUAUUACGAUUCAUGGCAAGUCAACAACUUGUUUGUAAUAAAUUUAUCGUGAUGCUGCCUAUAAUACAGCAACCCCUUCCCUUUUUUUUCAUUUCACUAGGGGAUCGACUGGUCCGCCCAUAUCAUCCUCGUCCUUACCUUUCUCCUCUUUUGGAGAAAGUCUACUAUUUUGAUGAUAUGAUCUUUACCAUUUGCCACUUUAAAAAUGAGAAGGAAACUGGGCAAUUAAGACUUCUGGGCCUUUUUUAGAGGCGGGAAAAAAUGGCCAAUAGCUGACGGCGCGUCCCCAGUAACGAUUCCAGAAACAAUUGUGGGACGUAUUUCGGCUCCAGUCUCCUUCUGGUUUCUAAAGUGGCGAAUGGAUACUUUUGUCGUUAAAGUCGCAAAAUUCUCUUCGUGUUAUACUGACUGAUUCAUGUAAAGAGGAUUUAGAAUCGUUGUCCAUGUACUUGAGGUCGACCACAAGUGGUGAUAAGAUUGUAUUUGGAGCCGGCAAACAAAUAUUUCUAACCUUUCUGUGAUGUUUGUUUAGGCUCAUCUUGUUUUGUUCCUGAGAUCAGCUGGAAUUGAAUCUGAGGUGAGUGACUUUCCAUACUGCACGAAAAACGACUGCAACACAUGGGCGUUACAAAGCAGCCGCUCGGGCUGCAGGAAUCAUGGCCGGGAGCAUUGCGUUACUCCGGCCCGAGCGGCUGCGAAGGAGACUAAGGCCUAGGUUGCUCGCCUGCAGAAGUAUUGUUGUGUUAAAGCUCUGAAUUGUUUGUUAUUACAUUCUCCGUCCACCUGUCCUUAGUGGUCUUGUUUUAUGAAAUAGCUAAAGCAGCAUACUGUUAAUAAACCAUUAUUAUUAUUAGGCGGUAUGAACUUGUGGAGGACUUGAACACACGAUCAGGAUUUUUAUUUCUCCUUUUGAGCUUGGCUGCUGCAAUUCAUCUCCAGUAAUGUGCGUAGAAUGUUGUUUUUUUAUUUAACACCUUGACGUUAUCUUGCAGACCGAUCCAGAGCUGUGUGUGUCUAUACUCAAGGCAUAUGUUCAGGUAUGGACGUAACGAUUGUUAUCACUUUAUAGGAAAGCUUCACAAGUGAAUUAUUCAAACUCACUGAAAGAGACUUCAAACUGAUCAUUUGAGGUGCAUAGUCAAAAUAUAAUUGCAAUUCUUAUUUUUUUCAGGCCCUAAUUGAAGAGAAACAGAUUGACCUUGUGGCAACUUAUACCGCCACUCUUCCCCCAGAGAUUCAAACACAGACUUACGCCUACUUCUUGGAAGGUAACUUAUAACUCCAAAAAUCAUUCUUUGUUUGCUGUUUUGUGUUAGUUUGUUUUAAAGCAAUACGUAGGUUUAUCAAUUCUGUCCUGUUGAAUUACGAAUUCUACACAACAAGGAAAUCUAUGAAUUUUUUUCUCAGACAUUGUGGACAUGAAGCAAAGACAAAAAUGCUUGGACCUAGCGAGGAAUGCUGGUUCGUAUUUUUUCCAUUCGUUGUAUGACAAGGUUACCGUAGGACUGCAUUAUAUUUUAUGGACGACGUGAACAGACAGUAAUGAAGUUUCAUUUUUCUCUCUAAACUUGGAUACGAAUUAAUUAAGAGAUCAACCCCAAGAAAAUUCGCCU